UGCUGGUCUCUCGUGGAGUUCAUAAGUUUUAAUAAUGGAAACGUUGGCCAUUGUACUUGUGAUUUUGUGUGGAUUACUUCAAUUUGGAUUCGCGAUCACAUGUUACGAAUGUAACAGUGCAACGAACCAUCUUUGCGGGGAGAACAUUCUCCCGGACAGUCUGAAGAGGAACUGUUCGGACCUGGACCGAGGUGUUACCCAUACUUUGUGCAGGAAGAUCAUUCAGCAUGUGGACUACGGUAUCAAUGGGCAGCUGCCGACCAGCAGGGUGGUGAGAGCUUGUGGCUGGGAUGAGACCAAAUAUAAGGGCUCCUGCUACCACCGGUCAGGGUAUGGAGGCCGCCAGGAGGUCUGCUCCUGCACCAAAGAUUUAUGUAACAACGCUCAUGCGUCAUCUACGUCCAUCACAGUUCUUCUGACAACUUUUGUUAUAUUCUCUUUGAAAUUGAAAUAA